CAGAGGCUGCAGAGAUGCUAACAGCUCAGACACACAAACACACUCUGACAGGAGCUAACUGCUAACACACACACACACACACAGGCAGAGAGACAGACAGACAGACACACACACACACAGGCAGGGAGACAGACAGACAGACACACACACACAGGCAGACAGGUAGAGGCAGGCUGAAGCUGGCAGCACACACACUUUGACACACACUGAACUAGCUGCUGUUAGCAUGCUGUGGAGAGAAGGCUAAUCUACUGACACACACACACACACGCACGCACACACGCAAAGCAAUGCAGUGUCCAGGGCUUUCAAUUGGACGGUGCAGAUGUAGUCAAACCUCAGAUUGACAAACAUUUGAGUGGGGAGUGGAGCCUGCAGGUGGUGAUGUCAAAGCGAGGAGCAGGAGGGCGGGGUAAGGGGGAGCGACUGGACACCAUGGCAACUCUUCAAGCAGCCAAUGAGGAGCUCAGAGCAAAACUGACAGAGAUCCAGAUCGAACUACAACAGGAAAAGAACAAGGUGAGCCGACUGGAGAGGGAGAAAAGUCAGGAGCUGAAGGCAGAGCAUCACCGGGCGGCGGUUGCUGUGACUGAGCUGAGGACCAAACUCCACGAGGAGAAGCAGAAGGAGCUCGCACUCACCCGGGAGACGUUACUACGGCAACAUGAGAUGGAGCUCAUGAGGGUCAUAAAGAUCAAAGAUGGUGAAAUCCAACGUCUUAAUGGACUGGUGCUCACCUUAAGGGACGGAUCCACAGACAAGGUGAGGAGCGCCCUGCUGGGGGAAGUGGAGGAGGCGAGAAGGAGCUGGGAGGCGGAGCGUUGUCGCUUCCAACACGAGAUUCUUGAGCUGAGAGGAGCAAAGAGGAAUGCCGAGGAGGCACUGACAUCGGCUCAGCAGGCCUGCCAGGCCAGAGCAGCCGAGCUGCGAUCAGCUCAUCAUCAACACCAAGAGGAGCUUAACAGGACCAAGAGAGACUGUGAGAGAGAGAUUCGCCGCCUGAUGGAUGAGAUAAAGCUGAAGGACAGAGCUGUCAGUGUUUUGGACAAAGCCCUCGGUCUGCAGGCUGGACACGCCCACCGCCUCCAGCUGCAGACUCAGGCUGCUGAACAGCAAAUUGCAGCCCUGAGAGAUGCACAGAGGGCGGGGCUAAACCACCCCACUCUUAACCCCAACCCCUACAACGCUCCUCACAUUUCUCAGGAGGAUCGUGACACUCGGAGGUUUCAGCUGAAGAUAGCUGAGCUCAGUGCCGUCGUCAGGAAGUUAGAGGAUAGAAACGCUCUACUGUCAGAAGAACGCAACGAAUUGUUGAAGCGCCUGAGAGAGGCCGAGAGUCAGUUUCUUCCUCUUCUGGACAAGAACAAGCGUCUGAGCCGCAAAAACGAAGAGCUGGCUCUAGCACUGCGUCGCCUCGAUAACAAGCUUCGCUUCGUCACCCAGGAGAAUCUGGAGAUGGUAACUAUGAGGAGGCCAAGUUCAUUAAAUGAUCUGGACCGCAGCCACUCCACCAGUUACCAUGGUUACAGUCAGGACGAGAGAGAGAUGGAGUUUCUGCGGUUACAAGUCCUGGAGCAGCAACACAUCAUUGAUGACCUGUCCAAGGCUCUGGAGACAGCUGGUUAUGUGAAGAAUGUGAUUGAGAGAGACAUGUUACUGAGGUACCGGCGUCAGGAAUCGGUGAGGAGGAAACGGACCUUCAGAGCCUGCAGGGUCAUUGAGACGUUUUAUGGCUAUGAUGAAGAGGCGUCUGUGGAUUCUGAUGGCUCGUCUUUGUCCUUUCACACUGACAGAACUCCAGAUACUGAACCAGAUGAGGUAUGCGUGCGUGAGGAGGCGGAGCUUCGUUACCGUCAGCUGACUCAGGAGUACCAAGCGCUGCAGCGAGCAUAUGCUCUGUUAGCGGAGACGAGUGGCGGAAACUACGAUGCAGAGAAGGAGAUCAAGACCAGAGAGCAGCUGCUGAGUGAGAUCAGUCGAUACCAGAGCAGAGUUUCAGAUCUGGAAUCCGCGCUGAAGCAGCAAGGACUGGACCUGAAGUGGGUGGAGGAGAAGCAGGCGUUGUAUCGGAGGAAUCAGGAGCUGGUGGAGAAGGUCAGGCAGAUGGAAGGUGAAGAGCUGCGACUGAAAAACGACAUUCAGGAUGCCAAAGACCAGAACGAGCUGCUGGAGUUCAGGAUCCUGGAGUUAGAGGAGAGGGAGCGGCGCUCACCCGCCAUCAAUUUCCAACAGCUCCAUUUCCCAGAAGGCCUCAGUCCUCUACAGGUUUACUGUGAGGCAGAGGGAGUCACUGACAUUGUGAUGAGUGAGCUGAUGAAGAAGCUCGACAUUCUGGGAGAUAACGCCGUAAGUAAUCUGUCCAAUGAAGAGCAGGUGGUGGUAAUACAUGCCCGGACGGUACUCACUCUAGCAGAAAAGUGGCUGGAGUCCAUUGAAGUGACAAAAUCGGCUCUGCAGCAGAAAAUGUUGGACAUCGAGAGUGAGAAGGAGCUGUUCAGUAAGCAGAAAGGUUACUUGGAUGAAGAGCUGGACUACAGGAAGCAGUCGAUGGAUCAGGCCCAUAAGAGGAUCCUGGAGCUGGAGGCCAUGUUGUUUGAGGCUCUGCAGCAGGAAGAGGAAUCCAGGAUAGAGGGAUUAAAGCUGGAGGGUCGACUGUCUGAGAGUCUGACAGAGGGAGAGAGAGAGGAGCUGAGGAGAGCCAUGGACCAGUGGAAACGAACUGUGAUGUGUGAGCUCAGAGAGAGAGAUGCCCAAAUCCUUCGAGAGCGGAUGGAACUACUGCAGCUCACCCAACAGAGGAACAAGGAGCUUGAAGAAUUUAUAGAAGCACAGAAACGACAGAUUAAAGAGCUGGAAGAGAAGUUCCUUUUCCUGUUUCUCUUCUUCUCUUUGGCCUUCAUCCUAUGGUCCUAACAGCAGCAGUGUGUGCAGACCACCACAGUCCAGCAGCUGAGUAGCCAGGUCAGCUCAGUCUGGAUCAGACCAGGAGGACUCGAAAGGAUUCCUGGAACCAGCAGCUCACCAACCGAGGGUCUAUGGGUUCUCUGUUGCCAGCCAAUCAGAGCAGAGCCCAGCUGUCAGCUGGCUCUCAAACUAUCCUGUUACACCUUCCUAGAAUGCCACUGUGCUGUCUCACAAUGACUGAUGGCUUCGUUUCAGCUUGCUGAUGAUCAGCUAAGUAAAAGAGUCUGGCCCAAACUGGUGUUGGACUCUUACUAGCUAAUCCAGGUGACACCCUAUAUGAUUAGCUUAGGUCGCUGAUUUUGAAGUUGUCAGAUGGGGUUGGUUCAGUAACCUGUGACAGAUGCGUGAGCUCAGCAGAGUUAGGCUGAAGAGCAAAAUCUCUAUAAGAACUAGACAUAAAAACAUCAGAAACCAGCCUGACAGAAGUUUAGUUCAAUAAUUCUUUGUUCUGAUUGGCUGUUCCACCUGAAGAGCAGACAGUGAAUUUAGCUCGUCCCGCUUUAUUCACAGAGCUAAGGUUACACCUGGUUCUGUCUGCAACAGAAGAAGGACCUCCACAAUGUCAGGAGGUCUGUUAGGAGAUAAGAGUGAAGUGAAGUGGUCCAGAUAAACCAGGUUCAGGAGGUCCAGAUAGACCCGGUUAACCAGGUCCACACAAACCAGGUUCAUGAGGUCCAGGCAAACCAGGUUCAUGAGGUCCAAAUAAAUCAGGUUCAGGAGGUCCAGAUAGACCAGGUUUACUGGGUCCACAUAAACCAGAUUCAUGAUGUCCAGGCACACUAGGUUUACCAGGUCCACACAAACCAGGUUCACUGGCUUCCGGUUAAAUACCGCAUCAAUUUCAAGAUACUUUUGUACACAUUCAAGGCUACCCAUCAUCUCUCGCCUUCAUACCUCUCUGACCUGGUUCAAAUCACCAUUCCUUCUCCGUAUCUCAGAUCCUCCUCCUCUCUUUCUCUUUCCAUCCCUUCCCCCCGGCUAGCCACCGUGGGGCGCAGGGCUUUCUGUUGCUCUGCCCCCCGUCUUUGGAACUCCCUUCCUCUUGAGAUAAGAAACACCACUUCCCUCCCUCUAUAUAAGUCCAGACUCAAAACUCACCUAUUCACAUUAGCCUAUUCCACAUAAAUCUUUCCAUCCUGCUACUUUAAUUUAUUUUAUUUAUUUGCUCAACAUUUUAUCCUUAUUAUUUUGUAAAUUGUUAUGUUUGUUGUUGUUAUUGCUUGUGUACAGUGUCCUUGAGUGUUUUGAAAGGCGCUUUCUUAAAUAAAAUGUAUUCAUUCAUUCAUUCAUUCAUUAUUCAUGAGGUCCAGAUAAACCAGGUUCAUGAGGUCCCGAUAGACCAGGUUAACCAGGUCCACACAAACCAGGUUCAUUAGGUCCAAGCAAACCAGGUUCAUGAGGCCCAGAUCAGGAUCAGGAGGUCAAGAUAGACCAGGUUUACUGGGUCCAGACAAACCAGGUUGAUGAGGUCCAGGCACACCAGGUUCACCAGUUCCACAGAAACCAGGUUCAUGAGGUCCAGAUAAACCAGGUUCAGAAGGUCCAGAUAGACCAGGUUAACCAGGUCCACACAAACCAGGUUCACCAGGUCCAGGCAAACCAGGUUCAUGAGGUCCACACAAACAUGAGGUCUGACAAACCAGGUUCAGGAGGUCGAGAUAAACCAGUCUCACCGGGUCCAAACAAGCCAGGUUCAUAAGGUGCAGGCAAACCAGGUUCAUGAGGUCCAGAUAAAUCAGGUUCAGGAGGUCCAGAUAGACCAGGUUCACCGGGUCCAGACAAACCAGGUUCAUGAGGUCCAGGCACACAAGGUUCACCAGGUCCAGAUAAACUAGGUUCAGGAGGUCUAGAUUAACCAGUCUCACCAGGUCCAAACAAGCCAGGUUCAUAAGGUGCAGGCAAACCAGGUUCAUGAGGUCCAGAUAAAUCAGGUUCAGGAGGUCAAGAUAGACCAGGUUUACCGGGUCCAGACAAACCACGUUCAUGAGGUCCAGAGAAACCAGGUUCACCGGGUCCAGACAAACAAGGUUCAGACUGUGUUUAAUUUGAUGGAGAAAAGCACAGCAGUAGUCUCUGAUCUUGAGGUGCUAGAUAUCCAGGAUUUAGGUCCUGGAAAUGACUCCCAAUAUGUUUCUGUUCCUAAAUCCAUAUCUAAAUAUUGUCACAGAACUAAAACUAAACUAUAUCACAAUAUAUAAUAUAUGAUUGAUUAGUAUUACAUGAAAUGAUGCACCUUUUCACUUUACACUGAAGUUACCUGAUAUUGUUAAAUAAAAAGUUUAAUUAUAAAAAAGCUAAAGACUUUGUAUUUUGGUUAAUACCUACAUUACUUUAAUAUUUUUAAAGCUUUUGUUUCUUUUGGGUUUCUGCCAGCAACCGUAUUUGACUUCAAAUUCUGCACUUUGUCAUUUUGACCAUUUACCAUUUCUCUGAGUUAUCCUCAGUGUUCAAAUGAAGCAGGAUCAGAAUCUGUUGUUUUAAAAGUUGCAUCCUGCUGUUGUACUUUUAUUAUUCCAGAUGAUAUUUUUCUAUCCCUGCUGUGAGUCUAAACACUGAACAUCUGAAGAGUUGGCGAUUAAAAAUGGAAA